CCGUCGUCGGGUGACGAGCCGGAGCCCAGCCCGGGCAAAGAGAACGCGGGCCUCCGCGGCGCGCCUCCUCCGCGCCCCGCGUCCCGCGCCGCGCGCCCCCUGCGGCGCCGCCGCGGCGAGUCCAGUUCGCAAGAGGAGGAGGUCAUCGACGGCUUCGCCAUUGCCAGUUUCAGCACGCUGGAGGCCUUGGAGAAAGAUAUGGCCCUGAAGCCACAUGAGCGUAAGGAGAAAUGGGAACGACGUCUUGUCAAGAAGCCCAGAGAGUCAGAGAACUGCCCAUCCGCUGAGCCAAGUGAAAAUAGGCAGCCCUUCGAGGUGGGCAGUCCAGGUCAGGACACGGAACCUGCCUGUGAUGAAGGGACCAGGAAGGUGGUCCCAUUGCAGCCCUCAAAACAGAUGAAGGUCGCCAUGGCCAGAGCAGGUGACCAUAACAGUGAUGACGACAGUGUCCUUGAAGCCACCAGCUCUCAGCGGAGCAGCUCCCGGGACCAGCUGAGCGACAGCUCGGCGCAGGCAGUUUCCGGGAGAGGCUACUCUUGCGACAGUGAGAGCGGCGUGGAUGACAAGGCAUCAGUGGGCUCCGAGAAUCUCUUUGCCCCAGCACCUGACCAAGGCCCUGGGAGGAGUGAGAAAUCCGAGGUCAAGGCGGGGGCAGUACCCAAGGUAUCUGGCCUGGAGCGCAGUCGUGAGCUCAGCACUGAGUCCUUCCUGCCUGCCACAGCAGCUGCUCCCUCAGGCCCCGCUCUGGGAGCUCGAGCCAGCCCCCUGGUGAAGAGGGAAGCCCCCAUCGUACCUCACCACCACGCCCCGCAGCCACAGCCUCCUGGCUCACUCCCUACACACGUGCCUCCUCUGCCAUUGGGCGCCUUCGUGGGGCCCGGCCAGGUGGCGCCCAACAGCCUGCACCUGCACAGCCUCAGCAGGAGCAGCAGCACGAGCAGCAGCGCCCCCCUGGGCCUGGCAAAGCACGUGUCACUGUCGCCCAACGGCCCUGGCCCCCACCUGUCUACCUCACACCUGGCGCUCCGGUCCCAGGCGCAGCACCAGCACCACACCGCGGCAAUGUUCGCUGCACCCCCAACACUGCCCCCGCCCCCGGCGCUGCCGGCCAGCAGCCUGGUUAUCCCAGGACACCCCGCCGCUGAUGCCAGCCUGUUGAUCUCAUUCAACCAGCCAAUCAUGUAUUGCCAGCCUCAUUCGGGGAUUCUGAUUGAUCACGAGCUGCUCAGGCAAGAGCUGAACACGCGGUUUCUGGUGCAGAACGCGGAGCGGCCUGGCGCCUCCCUGGGCCCGGGGGCUCUGCUACGGGCCGAGUUCCACCAGCACACACACCAGCACACACACCAGCACACGCACCAGCACACACACCAGCACCAACACACAUUCGCCCCCUUCUCGGGGCUGCCCCCGACGCCGCUCAUGCCGCCCACCGCACCGUUUGACAAGUUCUCACCCAAGCUGGACAGCCCCUACUUCCGACAUUCCAGUCUCUUCCCGCCCUUCCCUCCCACUGGCCCCGGGCUGCCCGCCCUGCUUACGAACCCUGGCCCCUUUGGGUCCCUGCAGGGCGCUUUUCAGCCCAAGACUUCAAACUCAAUCGAGGUAACAGGCCGGGCCAGUGCGGUUCACACCCUCCUACAGAAAGCCCCUGGGGUGUCUGAUCCAUACCGGACAGCAGUCAGGAAACCAGGGAAGUGGUGUGCCGUGCACGUGCAGAUCGCCUGGCAGAUCUACCACCAGCAGCAGAAGAUGAAGAUGCAGCUGGACCCCCACAAGCUGGAGGUGGGCACAAAGCUGGACCUGUUCAGCCGGCCCCCUGCCCCAGGCAUGUUCUCGGGGUUCCACUACCCACAGGACCUGGCCCGGCCCCUCUUCUCCAGCACAGAGGCAAGAGGUCCUAGGUGCAGCCUCUGGAGCUCUGUCAACCUGGCUACCCUCCACCUAGGUGCCACUCAUCUAGCCGCCAACCCCUUUGGAUCCUCAGCUCAUCAUGGCAGCUUCCUGCCUGCUAGUCACCUGACAGAUCCCUACAGCAGAUCCAGCACCUUCGGAGGCCUGGGGAGUCUGGGCAGUCAUGCCUUUGGAGGUCUGGGCAGCCAUACGCUUACACCAGGGAGCAACAUCUUUGCCCCCAAGGAGGGCACAGUGCUGCACGGCCUGCCUAGCCCCCACGAUGCCUGGAACCGGCUGCAUCGGGCACCACCCUCCUUCCCUACCCCACCCCCAUGGCCCAAGACAGUGGAUGCUGAGCGCCCCUCAGCCCUGACCAACCAUGACAGAGAGCCUGACAAGAGCUGGGAAGACCGUGAGCGGGACCUCCUGGAGAAGACACGCCUGCUGAGCCAUGCCUCACACGCCCCACCUAUAGCACCCGUGGGCCACCCCAUCAGCAGCCUCCUGCGUGGCCCGGGUGAGCUGGGCCGCAACGGGGUCCUCCCAGAGCGUGAGGCCGAGCCUCGGAUCAAGGAGAGCCACUCGCCGGGCAAGGAGGACAGUGCCAAGCUUGCUAUGCGCCCUCCAUCGCCAUACAGCAAGGCAGCCUUGGGCGACUGUCUGCGCCUGGCCGGCCUGCUGGGCCACGAACCUGGGAAGCAGCAGACGCCUGAGCGGCCCCAGGGCGACGUGAAGGUCAAGGAGGAGCGCAGAGAGGACGAGGCGCCCGAACCCUCGACCGUGCAGUCUGUACCAACGCAGCCCGGCUUGGGCCGAGAACGCCUGGGCGCGCCGGGCUUUGCCUGGGAGCCGCCGCGCGACGCCUACCGCGGCCUGGAACUGCCGCGCCGCGCCUUCCCCGUCCCCCGCCGUCCCCACACCGCCCACGCAUGCCAGGACAACGCCGCUGGCGCUCGGGCCCGGCGAGGCGCGCGAGUAUUCGCCAGCGCGGAACCCGCCCGAGGUGGAGGCGCGGUAGUCCCGGCAGCGCGUGCCCCGCGUGGACACUGA